CCUAAAUGUUAACCAAUCGGCGACCGUACCUGGCGGCGUCUGGGCGGGGAUACUUGUGAUUGAUUCAACCUGAGAACGGUUGCUAGGCAACAACAGGCGACGGCUCCGGGAAUGGCUAUGAUGGCGGGAGUCUCAGCCAAUCAUCCCUCCCUACAAAAUUUGAGGGCGUGUACCAAUUACCCCAAAGCCAAACCGUGGCUGAGAAAGAGCAACAAGGCGGGGAUAUCUUCUGGCCAAUAGGAAGUGCUUGAAGGCGGGCCUGCCAGUCUGUGGACGGCUACGGCGCCAUGAACAUCUUGCCGAAGAAGAGCUGGCACGUCCGGAACAAGGACAAUGUCGCUCGCGUGCGCCGUGACGAGGCACAGGCCCGGGAGGAAGAGAAGGAGCGCGAGCGGAGGGUGCUGCUCGCUGAGCAAGAGUGCUGGCCCGCGUGCAAGGCUGCGCGGCCCGCGAAGGCGAGGCGGAGGAGGAAGAGACGGACGAGCGGCGCCGCCGGUACAACUCCCAGUUCAACCCCCAGCUGGCCCGGCGCCCCCGCCGGCAGGACGGCGCCGCUGCGCACUGACUCCGAGGGGCACAGGAGAGGCUGUGCUGCCAGCCGUCAUAUAAAACUAUUUAUUCAUAAAUAUUUUCCAAAAUGAAAA